UGUCACUUUUUUGUCAAUGAAGCCGUGAGGUGCUCGUACACAUUGUAAAAAUUAAAUUAAUAUAAAUACAAUUUUAUUCAAGACAGAAUUUAAGUGCCAAAUAUGUUGAGGUAUUUCCUCGACAAGUUUUGGAAUGAAGACGUGUGGUUACCGCCUAAUACAACAUGGGCAGACAUCGCUCCUGGUCCCGAUAAGGCGGUGGUUUACACCGAUCACACGCACGUUUUCUAUCCUAUACCGUUAGCAUUUGUGUUUAUAUUGGUGCGCUACGUGUUAGAGAGAUUCGUUAUCGCUCCAUUUGGCACAUAUUUGGGCAUAAAGAACACGAAGCCACGACGAGCACCGAACAACCCCAAGCUUGAGAAGAUAUACAAGUCCUCGCCUAAACUAAAAGAGCCAGCCGCAUUAGCCAAAAAGCUCGAGCUAUCAGAGCGUGAGAUACAACGCUGGUGGCGCCUCCGCCGCGGCCAGGACAAGCCCUCGACCCUGGUGAAGUUCAGCGAGAAUGCCUGGAAGGUUGUGUUCUAUACUUGCAACUUCACCUUCGGGCUUUAUACUCUGUGGGAUAAGGAAUGGCUUUGGGAUAUCGACCAGUGUUAUAUUGGGUAUCCUCAUCAGGGCCUCACAAACGACAUCUGGUGGUACUACAUGAUAUCGGCAGCGUUCUACUGGUCGCUGACGAUCUCGCAGUUCUGGGACGUGCGGCGCAAGGACUUCUGGCAGAUGUUCGUGCACCACAUCGCCACUAUCCUGCUGCUCUCCUUCAGCUGGGUCUGCAACCUGCACAGGAUCGGCACGCUGGUGCUCUUGCUGCAUGACUGCGCUGAUAUAUUUGUUGAGUCGGUGAAGGCAUCGAAAUAUGCGAAGUACCAGAAGCUGUGUGAUGCAUUGUUCCUGAUGCUGAUCGUCGUGUGGAUCGGCACUCGAGUCGGCAUAUACCCCUUCUACCUCAUUUGGAGCACAUCGAUCCGUGCGCCCAUGUUACUACCGAUGUUCCCGGCGUACUACAUCUUCAACUCGCUGCUGUGUCUACUGCUCGUGCUGCACAUCGUGUGGACCUGGCUCAUACUGCAGAUCGCUUACGUCGCUAUUAAGGCGGGACAGAUGGACGGCGACAUCCGAAGCUCGAGCUCGGACCUGAGCGACAGCCCGCACAACUCCAACCACAGCUCGCCCACCCGCUCCAAGAGUAGAAAGGACACGUAAACAGUUAGUCUUCAAUACAACACCAGAGUCUCACACCAACAAAACACAGUAAAACGCUGUGUCCAUAACAUUUGCGAAAUUCUUACCGUGCACCAUCCAUUGCGGCAUUUCUUUAUUAACACCAGAAUAUCCAUAAAAAAUACUGUUGAAAAUACGCAAUGGAACGCAAAAUGGUCUAUUUGAGGGCUGAUUCAGAGUUUUGCAGGUUGAAGCGUAAUUAUAACUCGGCUGAAUUAAAGAGUCGUGUGUUUCAUCACUUGAUUUAAAUAUUUCUCUUUUAUUCAUUUUGCCGGAUAAUAACGUUUACUAUUUCGUAAACGAGAGCGUCUAUAAUACGACCAAAGGCAGAUGUCAGUUUUAUUAAAUGAACAGUUCUGAAAUUAAAGCUUUGUAAUUAAGUUGUACGAUGAACUUUAACUUGCAAAACUUAACACUCUGUUGCGUGUCAGUUCGUAGCUUAGUUAUGUAAUAUAUUGUAUUUGUGAGGUCUAGCUUGAAAUGUUGAUGCUUUGGUCAUUUGAUUGGGUUUAGUGAAGGAAGAUGGGAGUCGCUAUCGGUCAUCGGUUUUUAUUUUUUAUCUGCCGUAAAUUAUUACACAGGACUUUAUUAAUGUAUACUUUCUUAGUACGGAUAUUAAAAAUUAUUUUGUAAUUUCAAGAGCUUUUUUCGACAUCUUUAAACCUAUAUUAGUAAUAGUCCUGUUUUAUAUUUUUGCAGAUGAAAAUGUAUGUGUGAGGUUGUCGUAAAAAAAUGUUUAUGCAAAGAACAAAUUAGUGUAGGAAUAUAAAUAAGAUACCAUUUGAUAUUAAAUCAAUGAAUGCGAGGAUGGGUUAGUUGAGGGUGCUUAUAUGAAGACAGGAUGACCUUUUUAACCAAUUCAAGAAGACCUUAGGGUUAACUACAUAUUGCUUUACAAUGGAUACCCACCUGAGUAUAUAUUAAUUAAUUCAUGUGGGCCAGAAGCGAGACAUAAGAUGCAUUGAUCUUGCCUUUUUAAAAUUGGACUGACUUUCAUACAAGUACCCUUCACACAAUACAACAUGAAACACCGAUAGUAAUUCCCAUCUAUUGCUGGUAUUUGUACGUCUUUACAUUGUAUUAACUCGUUAGAUAUGACUAUAAUACCAACUUGAAUCGAGUCAUAUUUAUCGAUUUAAAUCGAUGAAGUAAUCGAGAUUAUACGGAAUAACUGAUAGUGAGGCCUCAAGGCUUGUAGCACUUAGAACAAUAUGGAGGCAUUAGUUCUAGAAACUGCCGCGACAAUGGUGCUAGUCGGUAUGAUCGAGAUAUUAUAAUAUUAGAAAUAAUAUUAUUAUUUUGAGCACAAAUACCAAUAGAAAGAUAUAUCUGGAUUUUAUGUAUCAAAUAUCACAAUAUUAAAAUAUUUUCAGAGACCACUGGCACCAUCUAACGGUAAAAUGCACUCCUUUUAAAGUCCAUUCAAAUAUUACGUCGCAUUUACGAGCCCAUUUUUACUCUCAUUUUAAUUUGAGGAGUUCAUACCUAAUUAUAAAAUUAUUCUCAUGUAUUUUUUCUUAAUUAAAUUCUCAUAAUACUCUAUGGAAAGUCUUGUUUACGUGGCGUAAUAUAAGAGUGGAUUAUUAAUAUUAAUGUUUAUAAAUACGUAGCGUAAGCUCAAUGUGUAGGUGUAAGCGGUUGUUCUACAGUGAGACGGACCAAACAUAGGUUUUGUUCGUGUGGUGAAGCCAAAUUGUAGCUGUUUGUAGUUCAAAAAUAACUAUGGGCCGGUAUAAGAGUUUAUAUACAAAAAUAUACAUAUUUUUCCACAGAAAUUAACUUUGAAAAUCAGUGUGGACUAUUUUGAGUUCAUUUACAUUGUUAAGUCAAGUUACCAAUGAAGAGUAAGAAUCGAGACAUGUUUUGUCACUAAGUAUGUAUUCAUGUUCGCUUUUGGCAUAACUCUGCCUGACCCUAUUAAGCAGACAAACUUAUUAUGGUAUUGUUUUGUCUUAGGCAAUAUUAUUGUAAUCUAUAUGUAUAAAAGAUGGUAUAUAACUCUUAUAUUCGGCCCACGACUUGUAACAGGGACCACGUAGUUGGACUAGAAUUUUUCAAACAGUUUUUACGUGUACCCGACUGCGUACCUUAUAUAAUUAAAUAGCUUGAAAUCUAUGUGCAUUUUUGGCAAUAUUUUGUUACUGCAAAAUAUCGAACUUAUUGUAUAAUCGAUAUACUUGUGAAGAAUAUAUGUAUAAGUUUAGUGAUGGUAGUAUAUUGCUUUGUACAGUUACGCAGUUGGGCUACUCCCCAAAAUAUUGUUAUUUUUCUAUAAGUAUUAACGCCGUACCUUUACAUAUAUUUUUGAAUUCUGAUCUUUAUAACUGCAUUCCGUUUGUACCUUGUUAUUUAAAUAAUAAACUAAAAUACAGUUAUUAUUUCGACUGAUUAAAAUUUAAAGCGGAAUUUAUCUUCAGAUUCAAUAGUUUUUUUUUGUAAAUAUACGGCGCGGUACUGCCAACCCAAAAAUAUAUAUCUAACUAUAUAAGCAGUUUUGGAACUCUUUACUGUUACUCUACAUAAUAUAAUGCCUAUGUAUGUAUUAGAAUUUAGAGUAUAAAUGUUCCGUUAUCUCGUGUCAGUUGAAAUGUGAACUUUCUCUUAUUAGCACUAAAUAAUAUAUUUUGUAUGUCUAUUUAUGAAUUGAUAUAAUAAUUAACGUAAAUAAUUUCAAUAAAUUAGAUGGAAGGUCAGUUUGAGGGAAACUUGAAGUGUCUUGUAAACGUUAUAAACGUUUAAGACAUUUAAAUCUACUAAAUUACUUAGUCUAUUGAAAUCUCAGUGCUAGCUUCCACCCAAUUCCAUAAUAUUACUAUAAUUAAAUGCAUAUUUAUAUAAAUAAUGCUGAAUAUGAUAGUAUUUAUUAGUUGUUUAAGUAUUUAUGUUUGUACCUGUGUCACCACUGCCUAGUUUAAUCAAUUAUAAAAAAUCACUGCCCCAUUGUUUAUGUUUGCAUAUUUUAAUUGCCCAAUGCUCAUAUCAAUAUAAAGAGAACUUAUAUGUUAUCUUCCGUAGUGAACACAACUUCCCAUAUUUCUUCCAUAAUGACGUUACAAAGUUGACACUUCAAUAAUGAAUUAUUCAGUUCAUUGGUCCUUCCAGUGACCGUUAGUAUAACACUCUAUAGUGUAGUGUAUCUUAGUACUUCCACAAACCUUCUAGGUAGUGGUCAAACAGGUACUUUAACUAUUAAUGUUAAUAGUUAACUAAAACAGAAGCUAAGUUAUCCGUCAGUGCGGGUCACUUCACAUCCAAAUAUCUGACACACUCGUCUAAUUGUUUUUAAUUUUAUAUCUUUAGUUACGUUACGUUAUAGGGGUUACUCUGCACUUGGCUAAUCGCACUCGGGUUGUUUUCAACAAAAUUGUAUCUAACACAUCUUUUAUAGCUUUUGUAACAAAUUAUACAUAAUUAGUAUGUAUAAAAAAGUACUUUACGAAAUAAAGUUAUGAUAUUCACAGUGAAGUACUUUUCUACAAAAGAGUUGUGCCUUAUGAUUAUUGCACUAUGUUGCUUUGUGUCGGUGUGUAGUACAUUUUGUUAAGAAUAACCUAUUUAAUUUAUAUUGUAUGAAGAGUAUCUCUUUAUGAAUGAAGUCUCCGUGGAGCUAUUGUCGCUAACCUAUGUAAACUGUCGCAUCACAAUAUUGUUUUAGUUGUAAUUAUAUUUGGUUGAAUUCUGUAUGGAUAACGAAAGGGCAAUUAUUUUCAAUAUUUAUUUGAAUAUAUUGGAACUAGCUCAUGCUUGAAUUUUAUACUUAAUUCAUUGGUUUAACAAUAGAUCUUAUGAUGUUAUUAUGUAUUAAUUUAAAUGCUUCUUUCAGUUUAUAAAAUUAGGGUCAGAAUGAAAGUGACUAUCAAUGCUCCAUUUAUUCAUACUUGUGCUGAAGUGUAAUUUAUUAUGAAACAUUUUAAACACAAUUGAAAUUAAUUUUAUUGAUAUUUUGUCAAUAAUAAUAUAUGUAUGCAUAAUCAUAGAGAUUCAUCAUUAUUGUAAUUCAAGACUUGAUCUCUUCUAUGGAGGCAUUUCUUCGACUUUCCAAUUUAUUUUACUCUUACAUUCUGUCUUUUUAACGUCUUUAUUUAUAUUUUUUAACAAAUUGCUUUUUAUAUGAAAAGUUUUUUAGGACUUUGUUAUUUUUCCAAUUUAUUUAAUUUUGUAUUAUGUAUAAGCAUGUGUGAAGCCAAGAAUAAAAAGAUGCACAUUUAUAUUUUUGCUUUGUAUUUUAGAAAUCAAUGUUACUAAAGAUACUGCCAUUUCAAUUGUUGAUAAAUAAUUUCUGAAUAGCAAUGAAUACUGGUAUAUGUUAGCCAGUCAUCUAGUUAAGUUGUAUCUGUUUGAAGCUCAUUUUAUUUGCAUGAAUUACGAAUUUGUCCGAAUUAGGAAAUGUCGUAACUAAUAUAAAUAUCAAAUUGCAUGUAUAUGUUGUGAAUAUACUUGUACUUGUGUAUAUGUAAUUAAUCAAAAUUAUAUUUGGUGUCCAGGAGCUAUGGUAUGUCGAACUUUAGUUUGUGUAACAAAGUUCUAGUCAAAGGGAUACUAAAAUAAGAUUAUGUACCUAAGCAACCCGAUAAUUAUUAUACAUUAAAUAAUUGAUGGAAUUAA